UUUCCUGCUUUUUCAACUUCACCAGCCCGUCGGGGACGGUGCUGUCCCCAAACUACCCCGAGGAGUAUGGCAGCGGUUUGCACUGCGUGUGGCUGAUCCUGGCCAGCCCCGAGAGCCGCGUCCACYUGGCCUUCAACGACUUCGACGUGGAGCCCCAGUUUGAUUUCCUGGCGGUCAAGGACGGUGCCACGGCCGAGUCGCCGGUGCUGGGCACCUUCUCGGGCAGCCACAUCCCCUCGGCGCUGACCAGCAGUGGCCACGUGGCCAGGCUGGAGUUCCAGACUGACCAUUCCAUGGAGAAGAGGGGCUUCAACAUCACCUUCACCACACCCUGUGGUGGCCACCUGACAGCUCCCAGUGGAACCAUCCUGUCCCCAGGCUGGCCUGGCUUCUACAAGGACUCGUUGAGCUGCGCCUGGGUCAUCGAGGCACAGCCGGGCUACCCCAUCAAGAUCACCUUCGACAGAUUCAAGACGGAGGUGAACUACGACACGCUGGAGGUGCGCGAUGGCCGCUCGUACUCAUCGCCGCUGAUCGGGGUCUACGAUGGCACYCAGGUGCCACAAUUCCUGAUCAGCACCAGCAACCACCUCUACCUGCUCUUCACCACCGACAAGAGCCACUCCGACGUCGGCUUCCAGAUCCGAUACGAGACUGUGAAGCUCCAAUCCGACCAUUGCCUGGACCCCGGCAUCCCGGUGAACGGGCAGCGCCACGGCAACGAUUUCUACGUGGGAGCGCUGGUGACAUUCAGCUGCGACCCCGGCUACACCCUGAGCGACGGCGAGGCCCUGGAGUGCGAGCCCAACUUCCAGUGGAGCCGGCCUCUGCCCAGCUGCGAGGCUCUCUGUGGGGGUUACAUCCGCGGCUCCAGCGGCACCAUCCUCUCCCCGGGCUUCCCGGAUUUUUAUCCCAACAACCUGAACUGCACCUGGACCAUCGAAACAUCCCACGGGAAAG